UGCUUGGGUUUGCUUCUUCACGAGUUCUGUGCGUGCAUAUCCAGCUUGCCGCGGUACGCGGUUCAAACUCGCGUAGUUCUUCGACCAUGCAGUGCAGGAAAUAACACCAGCUUCAAUGAUUUUAUUGUUUUUGAACAGAAUAGAGAAUCAGUGCCAUUCACUGAUUCAGGUAUUCCUUGCGCAAUGUUUACCAUGUUUACAUAGGUGGAGGUGCUUUCUACACUUUGAACGUUUGAAUGAAUUCUCAUACGCGACGGGGAUAAACUACACAAUAAUGUAAUGCUCUCCUCGAUUGCCAGUUGAAGGGACGGGAAGUCUGAUUCAACUCUGAGCACUUGCAGCAAAGAGCAGGAAUAGAAUAUUCUCAGUGAUCCUGGAGCUCGAGAUUUCUCAACAUUUUCAUUCAAUGCUGCGACAGCACUGAAGCUGUUCGCGAGUAUACCGCAAUCCUGCCUGCAUUCUCAGAUCGCUGGAUUCGGACACCACACAUUCCUGGGAAACCGUGGAACUCGGCUCGUCAUACAAUUUCCUCUCAGUUUCUUGUAUUAUGUCUGACAAUCGAAUAAUUUCAAGUGCAGGACAGUAUGGUUCCACAAGUAACACUGGCAUACAGGCUAGACGCAGUGUAGAAGUAGCGGGAGGCCAUGCGAGUGUCAGGAGGCAGGAGCAAGCAGUCAGACCUGUGACUACAGAUCAUGGAGUUGCUGGACCAGCAGAUCCAGGGGAUGUAACAUCGAGCAAUUUCAGGAAAAAGAAGCGUUUAGCUGUGUUCAUAGUAACCCUGACUCUCUUCUUGGACUUAUGUCUUAUGACUGCAUUAGUGCCCAUCGCACCGGCCUACUUGGAUAUCAGUGCUAAUGAGACAGGUGCUUACACCAAACUCGGAAUUCUCUUUUCUAGCAAUGCCGGAGUGCAGCUGCUCACAAACAUCGUCCUUGGUCCGCUAAUUGAUAAGUUUGGUUCCUCUGGUCCUCUCUUUGGUGGUGUGUUGGCAAUGACACUCUCGACAAUAGCAUUUGCGUUUGCUGGUGACAUCAGUUGGACCCAUCGGUAUGCUAUUGUCCUUGGAGCACGCACAUUACAGGGUAUUUCCUCUGCUUGUGCUGCCACAGGAGGCAUGGCAUGGCUUGCAACGUUGUUUCCUACUGACGAAGAGCGAGGCGAAGCGAUGGGAACUGCUAUGAGUGGACUUGGCCUUGGUGUACUAGUUGGUCCUCCAAUGGGUGCAGCUUUCACCAAGUUUGGUGUGGAUGCCGGCUGGAAGUACCCUUUCCUCAUCCUGGCAUUCCUGUGUGUUGUGGAUGCUUUUUUGCAAAUGUUACUUGUCUGGUCUCCCUUGCCAACAUAUACAGCUGAUGAUGCGGAAUCGGAAAAGAUUAGCCCAACUCGUGCUCUCAAACAGCUGGCAACUGAUCCGUAUAUCAUCUUUACCUUCACUGUGAGUUUCUUUGGCAACACCGUCAUGGCUGUGCUGGAAGCUAGUUUUCCGCAACUACUUUCCAGUACAUUUGGCACGAGCGGCUGGGUACUUGGUGCUAUAUUUAUUCCAUGUAUGUUGCCGUAUGUACUGAUUGCCCCUAUCAGUGGAAAAUACUUGGCACGUUUUGGAAGGCAAUGGGGUCUCAUGUUUGGUGGUAUAUCGCUAGUGAUUGGAAUGGUCACCAUACCGUUCGUUGCUGAUGCAUUGAAGCAGCAUCACUUGUCUGUGUGGAUCUUGAGUGCAUGUCUGUCAUUCUGUGGACUAGGACUAGGUGUCAUGGAUUCAUCCGUUAUGACGUACAUGGCUGAUGUGGUACAAAAAAGACAUUCAUCCUUAUUUGGCAGUAGCUGUGCUAUAGUUGAUGGGUCCGUAUCCCUUGCGUUCUUCAUGGGUCCGCUGGUCAGUAAUUUCUUGAUAGACAAGCUGCAGUUUAAGUGGGUGUAUGUAGGCCUGGGGUGUCUACUACUCAUGUUCCUGCCUGGUGUCUAUUUCUUGCAUCAACUGCCAAAUAAUCAGACAGGACCCGAGAGUGGAGAUACUGAGGAGCGUGAGCCACUCCUCAGUCCUGAUCUCAACCCUGGUGGCCUUGCUAAUGCCAGUAUCCAGGACUGAACAGAGAACAGAGACUGUAUACCAGGUGAUAUCUAGCUGGAGUAUCUACAUUGUACAUCUACUUAUCAAUGUCAAGCAACGAGAAUCUAGAAGCAUUGCUUGGUAAGAGAGUAAGUCAAGAUGGCCACUGCCACUGCCAAUGCACAAAGACUAAACUAAUCUGUAGAUUACAGUGUGGAAAUUAAGUUACAGAUGAAAGUUCGAUUCCUUCGUUGAACACCUUGGCAAGCAUUGAUGAACCAUGCCUCUGCACGUGUGGUCAUCAAAUCCUCCUCCUCAUCAUCAUCAUCAUCAUCCUCCUCAUCAUCUUCAUCAUGACUUGAGUGGCAGUAGUGCAGGAGCACAGGACUCGCCAUGACUGCUAGUAGUAGAGUAUUGAACUGAACACUUCACUUCUACCUAGUCACUAGUCACUUCAUUAUGUUGUCACUGCUGACGCCACUGAUACUGCUACUGCCCGUAUCCACUAGUACCAGCUUGAUCAGCAGUAUGACAGCAGUAACUCUGCUUGACCAGCAGCAACAGCAGCAGCAGCAACAACAGCAGCAACAGCAGCAACAACAACAACAGCAGCAACAACAGCAGCAGCAACAACAACAACAACAGCAGCAACAGCAACAACAGCAGCAACAGCAACCCUACGUAUUAGCAACACUAAUCAACAGUAGUCACAACAGCUGUAUCACCAUAGUGAUGGCUGCCAUAGCAACCACACCUUCGCAUACAGUAGUUGUGACAGCAGCCACACCACCGCAUCAACGGGAUGACAUGGCUGGCACUGCUGAACACCGAUUUGAAGAUGACAAGCUGGUGUCGCACAUAGUGACAUCCGUUCCUGUGUAUUCAGGAACACAACAUUGCGUUUGUCCUUGUUCCAGUCCCUUCCCUUCCCUUUCCCGGGGAAUGUGUGUGGGUGUGCGGGGGCUGAUCAUCAUCCAGCUCAUGACUGCAUCCAGCCAGCUAUGCUUUACAUGCUCUAGAUGCUGUACUGCUGCAGCACAUACUACCAGGUACUAUGCUGAGUAAGCUCAGGUGCUGCCACAUGUCGCAGGUUUCAGGAAAGACUGCUUUUUGGAUUACCGCUAACUCAACACCUUGAUCACUACAAGUGCACACACAAUGGACAACCGUGUGUGCAAAUGGUUUUGUAGACUCUUGCUGACAUGCUUACAUGUACCUGAGUUAUACGUACCUGAUCGGAGUCCUGGAUCCCGCGUCCUCACUCACUGUGCAGCACUUGUACCACCGCGUACAUUUUAUGCUUUUUUAUUCUCUAAUACUAGUUCUCUGUUAUUCAUUCUCCGGAUAUUUUCGCUCAAAAGCACGUGUCUUUGCUGCUAAUCAGGCGGUUUGCUGCUGGAUCACUUACACACACUGUAUAUGUGCAUGCUUUUCUGGCAAUGCUCAAGAAGCCCUGGUAAUUAUGAGAACGCCUGGUAGUACUCAAGAAACACAGGUGCUCCUCAGGAAACCUUGCAACUGCUCAGUGCACUUAUAUAUUAUUUCUGGAGACAGGUGCCAGAAUUCAUUUUUAUUUUUAUUCAAAUUAUAACAGAUACCCGAUGGAAGUCUUGAUAUAUAUUUUUUAUACUAUUAUGAAUCUUCUCUGCUCUGAACUGUGUGCCUGCUGGCCUUGAAUUGUACACUUUUGAGUUAGCUGGACUGCUUUUAGCCAUUUUUCACAUGCCGCAAGCACUUUGAACAGUGCUAUUUUCAUGCAGCAUUUACUGAGUUGUUGUUGUUGGUCCAGCACUGUGGGUAGUGGUCCAAGAACUGGUAAAAUACAGUCUAACAAGCUUUGAGUCUUAGUUUCAUACAACCAUAGACUGGUAAAACGUUCCAUUCGGUGCACUUGAAGUAUCACACACAGCGGAUGGGAUUUUUGGUCUUUCACCGCUGUGACUUCACCAAAUCCGGCAGUGUGUCUGCUCUCCAAAUCCGGCAGUGUGCUGCUCUCCAAAUCCGGCAGUGUGUCUGCUCUCCAAAUCCGGCAGCGUGUCUGCUCUCCAAAUCCGGCAGUGUGUCUGCUCUCCAAAUCCGGCAGUGUGUCUGCUCUCCAAAUCCGGCAGUGUGUCUGCUCUCCAAAUCCGGCAGUGUGUCUGCUCUCCAAAUCCGGCAGUGUGUCUGCUCUUCAAAUCCGGCAGUGUGUCUGCUCUCCAAAUCCGGCAGUGUGUCUGCUCUCCAAAUCCGGCAGUGUGCUGCUCUCCAAAUCCGGCAGUGUGUCUGCUCUCCUUACUUCACUGCUUUAGGAGCUGCACCUCAUGAGCACUGGCUGCACUCUGGGUACAUCCUUCGGAGCUGCACCUCAGAUAUUUUGGUCCAGGGAGUAGUAGAAUACCAUGCAUGGUAUCUGCAAGCCUUGCUUGAUAGACAUACUGUCAUCGUGAAAACAUGUUGUUACGGAAUCUCAGCCAUUCCGUUCCCCAGGAUGCAGGACACAAAGGACAAGACUUGUUUGUUUUACAUUAUAUUAUUGACAUGACGGAAAUGAACACUACACUGAAAGGGACGAACAAGAAGACUGACAACAGGACUUUCGACUACAAAAUCGCGCAUACUCAUAUCACACAUGCACACGACUAGACGAGACAGUUUGGGGAAUGCCAUCACACAGGAAAACAGGAACAGGAACAGGAAAUCAUUUCACAACAAUGUUGCAAUAGUUAUACUGUUAGAUUUGUUCUAGAAUAUUCCGGUCUUUCUUUUGUUUUGAUAGUUGUAGUCCAGUGCAUUAGUGCUGGUCAUGCUUGGUAGGUCGACUGAGACUCAUUCAUGGCUGUUACAUGCAUUGUAUGCUAUAGCCUAGCCGUAGCUGACCACUGUUACGGAUGUCCAAUCCAGGUCAGUGUCUAGUGUUUGACCAUUCA